CCCGCUGGCCGGUCCGGUGGGAGGCAGGCGCCCGAGCCAUGCAGCUGCAGUUCAAGAGCUGGAUGUUGGCUCUGCUCACCCUGCUUGUCGUCUUUCUCAUCUUCGCAGAUAUUUCGGAGGUCGAAGAAGAAAUCGGGAAUUCUGGAGGCAGAGGUACAAUCAGAUCAGCUGUGAACAGCUUACAUAGCAAAUCUAAUAGAGUCGAAGUUGUAAUAAAUGGCUCUUCGUCUCCAGCUGUUGCUGACAGAAGUAAUGAAAGUGCAAAGCACAACAUUAAGCCAGCCCCAACCACAUGGAGACACAACCAGACCCUGUCUUUGAAGAUCAGGAAGCAAAUCUUGAAGUUCCUAGAUGCCGAAAAAGACAUAUCAGUGCUCAAGGGGACCCUGAAGCCUGGAGACAUCAUCCACUAUAUCUUUGACCGAGCUAGCACCAUGAAUGUGUCUCAGAACUUGUAUGAACUCCUGCCCAGAACUUCUCCCCUGAAGAACAAACACUUCAGGACCUGUGCCAUCGUGGGCAACUCCGGGAUUCUGCUGAACAGUGGCUGUGGGCGGGAGAUAGACACUCACAGCUUUGUUAUAAGGUGCAACCUGGCACCUGUCCAGGAGUAUGCCCAGGAUGUGGGGGUCAAAACAGACCUGGUAACCAUGAACCCCUCUGUCAUCCAGAGGGCCUUCGAGGACUUGGUCAAUGAGACCUGGAGGGAAAAACUUCUUCAACGCCUGCACAGCCUCAAUGGCAGCAUCCUGUGGAUUCCAGCUUUCAUGGCCAAGGGUGGCAAGGAGAGGGUAGAGUGGGUGAAUGAGCUCAUCCUGAAGCACCAUGUCAAUGUGCGCACAGCCUACCCUUCAUUGCGCCUGCUACAUGCUGUCCGAGGGUAUUGGCUGACAAACAAAGUACACAUCAAAAGACCCACCACAGGACUGCUGAUGUAUACUCUGGCCACACGCUUUUGCAACACCAUCUACCUCUAUGGCUUUUGGCCCUUUCCACGAGAUCAGAAUCAGAACCCUGUCAAGUAUCACUAUUAUGACAGCCUUAAAUAUGGCUAUACAUCCCAGGCCAGCCCCCAUACCAUGCCCUUGGAGUUUAAAGCCCUAAAGACCUUGCACCAACAGGGGGCUUUGAAACUGACCGUCGGUGAGUGUGAUGGAGCCACGUAAAAUGGCUGCCAAAGAAGAUUCCGUGGCUCACGUUUCCUGCAGGCUACACCACGGGCAGAUGGGGGUCGGGAGGCAAAAACAAUAGGAUGAGCAGAGGCUAGUGGUUUUCUUUGUUAAAGUGUAAAACAGUGACAAGAAUAUAUAUACUUGCAUAUAUAUAUUGACCUGAGUAUUAUAACUAUGUGGUGUUCAUCCAGAGUAUAGCAGACAAGUUACAGGAAGAAGGUGCUGAGGACUUACCUGAUCUGGAGACACUGUCUUUGGGAGUGAGAGGAUUGGACUCAAAAGGAAAUUGAUUCCAGCACUGGAUACAUCAUAGUGUCCUGGGUUGAAGGAUUCUGGGGGCUGAUGGAUGAAUGCUAAGGCUAAUUUAUUUUCAGCUGCUCUGUGUCUCUGAGAGAAGUGGAUUCUGGGUGAUCCAGAACCUAGAGGUUGGCAACUGGGUUUAGUUUUAAAAAUGAUACUGUUCAAGAAAAGGGAGGAAGGGAUGGGAGCUCAACAGAAAAGAGGGGCAAGAAACCGAGAAGCACAGGUUGGGGCAUGUUAGUGGAUGGCCUUGGUUUAUUUACUCUAGGUGAAUUGUCUAGGAGACAAGCUCAUGGCCCAUCACUGUGUUCCAGAUGGGACACUGCUUCAGUUCAUAAAACAAACUGGAAAAAUCAGCAAUGAACUCUGGCUUUCUAGCUUACAAAAUCAUGAUGCCAGCAUGAACACCACUGCUGGCUGAAGCAGAGAAAGAAAGAUGACCCUGAAAGUACUCUGAUCAUUCAAACCAGAUCAAUUCUUGUAGACAAAAAACAAAAACAAAAACAAAAAAAUCUGAGGUGGUCAGAGCCACACUUGGGGCAAAAACAAAAGAGUGUCAAACAAUGCUUAGCCUUUUCUAAAUGUUCUCUGGAGUGGCAAAGAGAGAAAAGCCCUGAGAUUUAGGAGAAGUGGAGGAAGAGAAGGAAUCACAGACCUAAAGGUGGUAUUGAGGGUAAGAGAAAGGAUAUUAUAAUCUGACCUCAUACCAAUCAAAGUCACCUUUUAAGUCUCUUUCUUGCUCCCCACGGGUUAACUCACCUUCCUUCCUGCUAAAAUAUAAGGUCAGGGAUUGGACUGAAAGCUACCGCAGCAAUGAAAUCCAAAGCCAAGGCUUGAAAGGGCACUGUCAAGAUAAAUGUCAUCGUGGUAAAAUAUAUAAGAUUGCCUUCCCUCAUUUCACACAAAGCCCCAGAGUGUGAAACCUGAAAGAAUUUUAGACAUCCAGUUUCAUUUCUCAGCACCAGCACCGUUUGUGUUCUGCAUCUCACUCUGUGUGGUCAAAGCAACCAGACUGCUCAGUUUCAACGUCACUUUCUUGUCAGUUUCUUGUCCUGAUUGUCAGGUAGUGUGGCUUGGCUCUCUUGUUUAGCUUUCCGACUCUGCAAGGAGAGGUUUAAAUCCUCCCUUCUCUCCUAUCCCCCCACAACUGAUGCAAUUAUUUUGGGAUUUUGUGAAAUUUGACUUGUUCCUACUAAGGUUUGUAUAAUCUUUCCCUUUUGUAAAGCCGACUAUAGGGUGCAAACCACUGGACAUCCUGGGGAAACAUGGGCUGAGAACCAGUCACUUAAGAGUUGGAAUCCUGGGUCACAGUUAGAGAUGGAUACUGCAUAUGGGGCAUGGGUUGUCUUGAUUUCAUUGCUGUAUUAACUCUCUGUUUAAUAAUCAUGUUUUAAGACAUAUUUUGAAGUUAAGUGAAAAACCAUUACCUUGAAGGGAGUUGAGAAAAACAAUCAAGAUCUGCUUCUAAACAUAUGAGAUUGGACAUAAUUAAUCAAUAGCAAUUCAAGACAGGAUAUUUGCUUCAGAUUAAUGGCUGGUGAGAUAGUAGCUAGAAGCUAACAGAAGGCUGCCCCUAAGCCAUUAACCCAGGACAAAAUACUCCCCAGGAUAAGGCAGUGAUUGCUGCUAUAACUUGUUUUGUUCUUUGUAGUAUUGUUCUAGAGUUUAGAUUUUUAGUUUUCAUCAUGAAAUGAAAAUUUUAAAAGCAACAGCCGAUAGCUUCAGUGAGAACUGGAUGAUAUAGAUUCCUUAGAGGAAGCAGAAAUAAUUGCCAUCAUAUUUUACACUUCUCUAGAGCCUUUCAUCUUGAAGAUCUCAAAGGGUUUUAGGAACAUUUCAUUUUCAAGGCUCACAGAGCCCAAGAGGGAGCAGGUAAGUGACAUUGCCAGCAUAUUCUAGUUGGAUUAACUCAGACACAAAGGACUCUGGUGGUUAACCCCAAAACUAAUAAAGCAAGUCAGCAGCAAGUCAGGAAAAGGACCCAGGAGUCCAGAAUUCCAGCCUUAUGUUCUAGCCAGCAGACACUAUUCCCAAUGGAGAGGAUUCUUGAAGAAGUCCGAAUUGUUUACCUGAUUUUUUUUUCUGGCCUGGCUCCUUAAACUGACAUUAGUGGUAGUUGUAUGCAGAAAUAACUUGCGCCACUGAUUUUUGCUUUUCAUCCCCAUGUUAGACUGGCCUCUUCCUGAGGGUCUGCUUUGGUGAACUGUACUUUUAGAGAAGUAGGAAGUGAUUGAAAACCUUCCUUCAUCUAUUUCUUGAAAAGAGUUAGAAAUAUAAGGUUAAUUUUGUUGAUUCUUGUACUAGCAAAAUGCUUUGUGCAGCAGCAAUGACUCCAUUGGCUUUUCCUUCCUGUCCUUUUCCAUCUGACCACCAAGACUUAAAGGAAGCAGACAAUAAGUUCUUACCUAAUUGGCUUAUUUGAUUAGAUCAUAAUACUAAUGAAGCCUGGGGUCAUGGCUUCUAUCCCUGUAUAGACAGGUUAGCUUUGGUAUAUGGUGUGGGGGAGGUUGGGGUGGGAGUGUAACAAUAACAAUAGCUCACAUUUUUAUAGCACUUUACAAUCACAAAGCACUUUACCCUAUAAUCUCAUCUGUUUCUUACAAGAGCCCUGUGAGAUAGGUAAAUCAUGUGAGCACUGAAGAUCUUUGAUUCCUAGCCCUGUCUAUGGCCUUGGUUAAGUGAUAACCUCUCUGAGCCUCAGUUUCCUUUUUUGCAAAAUGGGGAUCAUACUUUCAAGCCCUAUCUUAUGGGAAUUUUUUGAGGAAAAUAUUUUGUAACCUGUGAAUCACUAUACCAAUGUGAACCAUUUUUACCAUCCUUUUAAGACAGAUGAGGAAUUGGAGAUUCAGAUAGGUCACUUUGCCCAAGGUCACACCAUUAAUAUAAGUAUCAGACCUAAGGGCUAGCAUUCAAGUCUUCUGAUUCCAGACCCAGUAUUUUUUCUACUACUACAUUAUGUUGCCUCCAUAGACUUACCUUGGCCAACUGUAUUGCAAGCAUGUUGGUGACAGGGGACUCAUCCAGUGAAAGUAAGAAAUGGCAAUGGUCAUAACAUUUUCUUAGCACUUUAUAAUUUAUUAAUAUAGUACAUUCAUCGAUAGAUUGUCACUAAGCUUCGCUCCAUUUCUAAAAUUCCAUGACUCCAUGAUUCUAGCUAAGUUUUAUUUGAUCUUCACAACAACCCUGGAAGGCCAGAAUUAGUCCACCUGUUUUAGAGAUGAAGAAAUCUAAGCUCAGAAUGAUUUGUCCAAAGUCACCCAGCAAGCACAUGGCGGAGUUGGGCCUAGAAGUUAAGGUCCUCUGACUCCUACUCCUGCCCUCUUUCCACUAUAAUGUAGAGACUAAUCAAUACAAAAUAUUCCUAAUACCAUAAAAAAAUUUACUUCAAGCAUAUGCUUUAUUGGCAGUAAUUCAGUAUCACCCUUGUCAUAUUCAAAGAACAUGAGUGCAAAGAACUCUCCGUCCAUCUGCAUAAUGAGAGAGAGAGAAUAUGCUCAUGGUAGAGUAUGUGUUACCAUGAACCUAGAGAUGUAUGCUUGUCUGCGUAAGUGAAAUCUCCUGUUGGUUUGGUGGAGAUGAAAGCUGUUUGCAUUUUACCAGGCAGGGGUUGUUGGAGCUACAGGUCUUAAUAAAUCUUCUCUGCUGAUUUUCCAAUCGGGAUAAGAAACCAUCAGACCAGAUGGUACAGAGACCAACCUGCUCCAGGAGGCUGCUGUUUGAUAAAUCUCUUCAUGCCUAAUUAAGGCUCUUCUUCCAAAAUGAAUAAUACUGAAAAGUAUAUUGACGUUGAUCAGAUGGGAAUCCAGACGUGUACGUUGCUGUGUGAGCAUCCUUAAUAGCAUCCCCAACGACACCAGCAGCACAGCCUGCCCAAUCUGCUCCUGUUCUUCGUUUUAUCCCAUCCCAAAUCGAGCCUCCAAUUCCAGCCUCAGCAUCUCACCUUCUGUCUGCAUUGCUCUUUCUAUUCAGAGAGAGCAGAGGAAGCCCAGGCAGGAGGAGUGGGCAUCUUGCCAUCUCUGAAGAUCCUAUGAUUCUGGGAUGCCACUUCCUGUCAGAGUCCUGACCUAAGGUAACUACUGUGAAAUGCUUAGGUGGAGGUUGGUCUCUAGUCCGUUCCGUCUUUGGAUCCCCCAUCUUUGGAUCCCCCCAUCUUUGGACCCCCUACAAAUCACAAAACAAAGGUAAUGAGAAAUGUGUACCAUUUUGGUGAUUGAGCCAGCUGCCAAAGAAGGGGGAAUGUCCAUAAGAACUAAACUGAGACCAUUUUUCAGUUUUCCUUGGAUUUUAUGGGAGUAGAAACUGAAUUUUGAUCAGUAGCAGCCAUGAUGGUUACGCCUGAUUUGACCAAAUGAUCUGGAGGCAAGGUAUACUACUUUGAAAUUUCAGAGUCCAAACCACACUGUUUAACUAUCUAACUAAUCCCACUAACUAAUCUACGUUAAGCUAAAUAACCACACAAUCAAACUAAUCUUCACCCUUUAUCGGUGGGCAAUCCUCCAAAUUACCAAAGUAACAAAAAUAGGAGUCCUUCUUGAUCUUUCUUCAUCUUCCACUUGUUUAUAUUUUCUAGCAAAGUCAGAUUGGGGGAGGUUCAGCAAAAGUUGUGAGUAGCCAUUUCUUCCAUAUUUCAAUAGAUCUGUGAUCUUAUCAAUUUGGGUGCUCCCUCCAGGGGAGCAGAUUGUUCCCCAUCUCCACCUUCUUGUUCUGUACAAUUCUAGAUCAUAUCCUCCUAUAAAUCCUCUACAGGUUAUCCAUCUAAGAUGCCCAGGACCUUCCUCUAACCUUCUUGACAUUAUGUGGAUCAGAGAGAGGAGUGGAGGAAGGAAAGGGCACUGACUAUGUGUCAGGUACUCUGCUAAGUGCUUUACAAAUAUGUCAUUUG